GAUUUUUGUUUCGUAGUGGCAUCCUAUGAGGUAACAAUUGGAUGCGUGCGUACAUAAAAGUAGCAUUAGUUGAGUUACAUCGAUAGAUUCAUAGGCUGUUGGUGCUUUGAAUUUUUCAGCUGCUCGAUUUGUGGUUUCCUUUUUCGAUUUCGAUUACUUUUGAGGAAUAUUUUAGGUGCUAUUUGAUAUAAAUUUAAACGAUCCCAAUAUACAUUUGUUGGAUUUUAUUUGGAAUUUUUAGGUUUUUUAAACUACUCUAGUCAAAAUGAAGUGUUACGGAAGUCUCGUAUGUUUCUUGAGUGUUUUCGUGUUCGUGAGUGCUGCCCCAUUUCUAACAGGAGGCGGCCUACAGCUAUCCGGAAAUGCUGGUGGAAAUAAUCAAAACGCCGCCGGAGGAGGCGGCUUAGGAGGUUUGACUAAUAUUUUAUCGCAAGUCGAUUUACCAGGAUUGUUGAGAGGAAUAAAUAGUUUUGUAAAAUUAGUCGGAGUAUUCUGUCCGCCAUGUUCGCAGAUUUUAGACAACGUUAUCCAAAACGUAACGAGCACGGCGUUUAGAGUGUUCGGCCGAGCGAUCCUGCAAGGCGGCGGUUUGGGCGGCGGCGGCGCCAGCUCGGGCGGCGGCGGCGGCGACGCCGGCAACUCCGUGUCGGUCGUACUGCCGACGUUCCCGCCCGACGAAGACGACUACGACGACGAGGAAACCAGCGAAACGCCCUCGUCGCAGGUCGAAUCCUCCGAGAAAAUCCAGUUAGAUUUAAGAGCUAAAAAUGACACGGAGAGCGCGACCACAUCGGGCGAAGAAGCACCUUUUCUUGUGAGGAACUCCACCUCCACCAACAAAGAAGAUAGCAAUGUGAUAGUGAGGAGGCACGCGAGGGUCGCCAGGGAGGUGGCGGCGGAGGAUCAAGUGGGGGCCGAAUCGGCGCCCCAGCCCGACGAGCUCGACGACCUCGAAGAAGACGACCAAGAUAGGAACAAGAGAUUCCUGCCCUUCGGAGGUGGCGACGGCCAUUCCGGGGGGUCCGGAAACUUCUUGUUCGAUAUUAUCAGGAACACCGCUGAUCGCGCCGCUCGAAUGGUGGGCACCGUCUACAGGAUGGUGGCCGGCACGCAGCACUUCGGAUGGGGUGCCUCCAGCACCGAAGCGCCCCCAUCUUCCGACCACCUCGCAGCUCAAUCCUCUCCAGCUGUGCAGUUGGUGGCCGGUUCCGGAGCGACGGAGGAAUCGGACGAGAAAGCCAACUCGCCGGAAGGAGGCUCGAUCGAGGCGGACGCGAAGAGCGCUGAUCACUACAGCGAAGGAAUUCCCGGACCCAUUACGAGAUUGCUCGUCAUCGCCAAUAGAGGAGUCGCUAAUUUAGUGCAAGAUUUGAUUUUGCGCCUCGCCCAAACCAGUGAAAGACUAGUGAACUUCAAGGCUCGUUUGAUAACAUCGUUGAUUUAAAAACUGCCAUUUUUCCCGUAGAAUUUUUAAAAGCAUUUGUUGUACAGACACAUUCUAACGACAUUCCCACGAACUAUUUAUCGAUGUUUAUUUUUCUUCCGAUGUACCAUCAACAAAAUUAUCGCCGAAAUUCGCGUAGAGUUUUUCGAAUUCUACCAUUCGAAGCUGUGGGAUGUGUGAUUAACAAAAAUCGAAAUUUUUAAAUUUAUUUAUGGAUUCCUAUAUUGUUAUAUUUUAUUUAAAUUUGUAAAUAGUUGCUAGAUUCCAUUUUAUUUAAUUUUAUGUGGCUUUACAAUAGCCUAUUGCAAUUUUAUGAUGUAAAUUGAGAGUACUUUCGCCAAAAUUUAUUAGAAGAAAAAAGGAAUAAUUUUCUUAAAACAAGAACUUACCUUUCCCUUAAAUCUUCACUCUAUUUAACUUACUUAAUCGUCCCCUUUUGUACCUCUUUAUCUAUUUUUCUAAUUCUCAUCUUCAUCAAAAGUGUCGAUUUCGCAUUCUUACCCUUUAAAUUCUUUUUUCACGAUCAAAUAUUUGUAUGAAAUAUUCUGAAGGAAUACUACAAACUUUUUAAUCCAAUUUUUGGAAAUUUUAACAAAAAAUUCUAUUCCCAGUGUGGUAUGUAGUUGUAUUGAAAGUACUUAAUUUCCGAUAUUGUUGCCUAUUACGUAAAUUAGAGAAAUAUACUUAUUCGUCAUUUUUUUUAGUAUCUACUUCGCAUUUUAUUCAAAUAUUCUGUAAUGGAAUAUUCAACCUGAACAAUUGCUCAUUCUAAAUCUAAAAAUGUCAAGAGUGAUGUUCUUAAUCAGUGAACAGUUGUAGAUAUACAUUUUUUUAUUAUUUUCUUCUGUAGAUAGCUAGUAAAAAUUAUUUAAAUCAUUAUUGUCGGUUACGAGAUUUGUGUUAUUACUAUAGAAAUUUUAUUGUAAAAAUUAG